ACCCACGCGGCAACGCUCCGCAUAAUCAACGCUUCCCCCCAAAGGCUACCGACCACCAGUCCAGCCCACCACCUUCCGUCUCCGCUCCCGUCCUGUCCCCCGGCAAAACCCUAGCGUCUCCGUCAUGAAGAGCAAGGCCGACGCCUCAACGAAGCGCGAGGGCAGGCUCAAGGCCGCCGGCAAGCGGAAGAAGGCCGCCGCGAGCGGCAAGCCCAAGCGCCCGCCCUCCGCCUUCUUCGUCUUCAUGUCUGAAUUCAGGCAGGAGUACCAGGCGCAGCACCCUGAAAACAAGAGCGUCGCUACCGUGAGCAAGGCAGCAGGGGAAAAGUGGCGAGCUAUGUCUGAGGAAGAGAAGGCACCAUACCAGGACAAAGCUGGGCAGAAGAAGCAGGACUAUGAGAAGAGUAAGGCCAACUUCAAUAAGAAGGAGAGUACCAGCUCAAAGAAGGCGAAGACUGAGGAUGAUGAAGGGUCAAAGUCUGAGGUCGACGAUGAUGAUAUGGAAGGUGGCAGUGAUGAGGAAAACGAGGAAGAUGAGUAGAUUUUAGUGUUUCCAUGGUUAUGUGGUAGCAAAUCAAGUGUUAGAUCAUCGAUUAGAUUACUGGUUUGCUAUCUUAAGUUGUUGGGAAUAGGCGUGUAUGAAGGGGAUCUAUUGUUAUGUCUCGUGAGAUUGUUAGUUUAGUGCAUUAGCAAAGAAAAAGCUGAAUGCUGCUAGCUGUUCUGUUGCUUUUCUUUUGCUAACCACCUGUGUUAAACUGGUUGGAUCUGUUACAUUCACUAAACCAAUGACUAAUCAGAUGUUAGCUUUGAGUUAAUUGCAUCUUACGUUUGGUGGUA